AUGAUUUCUACUGAAAUCAAUUCAAACGAUGCUAUUGUUAGAUUUGAUUAAAUUGUAGUCCAUAAAGGUGAUUAAGAAAAUAGGGUAAGCGAUAAUAGUAAUUAGAAUCCUUAAGAUGUUUUAGCACAUUAAGAUUAGAUACAAGCCUAAAAAACCCAAAUUUACGAGAUUAGUCAUCAAUCUUUGGAUGAUGAGUAAUUGAAAAUAAAAGAGAAAUUAAGAAUAGAAAGGAUUGUUAAGUAAAUAUGAUAGAUCAAUAUCGAAAAGUAUCCCAAACACUAUUAAAAGAUAAUUGCCAACAAUUGAUGAAGUGCCUGACCAAUCAAUCAGUAUCUCUCCUAAAUUAAGUGAUCUUAAGCAAAAAGAUGUACGACAUUAUAAAUUAUCUGAGUUUUUAUAUGAAUUUGAAGAAUAGAACUAAGAAUUAAGUUUGAAACGAUCUAAUUAACAAAAACAAUAGAAGAAGAAGUGCAAAAAGAAAAAGAAAAAAUAGCAUAAUACUUUAAAUUCUCACUAGUUUUUUCACUUCCCACAUUUGGAAUAUUAAUAAAACAUGAAUAUCGUUUUAUAUUUUAGAGAUCCAAGAAUUGAUUGUAAUUGGAAAUUACUUUUUAGCUAUUUUGCUCUUAUUAUUUCAAGUAAUCUCAUUUUACAAACACUCGAAGUUACUAGAUAUUCCUUCAGUGAUUGUAAAUUACAAGGGCUUGAUAAUGUGUUUGUAUAUCUUAACUAAUUACUGUAUUUAUUUGGCAAAAUUGGCAUUCUUAGUUUGAACUACUAAGAAUUUACAAACACUUCAUCAACUAAAUCUAACAUACCCUUAUUAAAUAACUCAUUAUUUAGUUCUAUAUUCACUGUUCUCUCGAUGCCACUAUAUGUUUAUGAUUUCAUUUUGUGUCAACCGCGUAAUAAACUAUUUACACUAAAUUCUAGUUUAUUGAUAUUGAACUACCUUGACUGGUUCAUCAUAUCUAUUAUGGCUAUUGUUAUCAUAUUGCAUUCUAUUAUCAAAAUUUCAAUAAAAAAAAAAACAUGGAAAAGAUUAAAGUAAAUAUGAUCUCAUUUAAAAUUAGAAACCUGCUUAAGUAUUUUUAUUAUAUAUUACUAUUUUUUGUUCACAUCUUAUAAGUGUUAGUUACAUUUACAUAAUCAACUUCAUACUUUUUGCCUGCUAUGUUAAUGGAGAGUCUUUAUAUAUAUUUUUCAUUUUUUACUACUGUAUAUUUAUCGAUUAGAAAGUUUUUUUUUAAUAAAGAACCUUUUUUAAUAAAAAAUGAGUUGCUUUAGAAUUAAACUAGCUAAAUGAAUAAAAAGGAUAAGUUCAACAAUGAAAUGAAUAGUUAAAAACUAUUAAAUAAUUGUUCAAACAAUCUUAAAGAAAGAAUGAAAAGCAGUUAAUUUUCUAGUUCCUCUCCUAGUAUUCAAUCUAUAUAAACAAAUAUUAUUUCAAGAAAAGAAUGA